UCCACCCCGACCAGAGCACGCAGGUCGCCACCUCGCCGAGGAGAGAGACGGGGAGGGAGGCAGAGAGAGAGAGAGAGAGAGAGGAGAGCGCCCCACUUCACUCCACCUCUCCACUCCGCAGGUCGCCGCGCCGAGUGGCUCCUCCGAAUCGGAGCCCUCCUGCUUCGCCUAACCCUAACUCUCCCGCCGCCGCCCGUCCGCCGUGGGGCGCCGCCGCAGGCAGGCAGGAUUUGGAGCUGAGAGUAAUGAAAUAAGAUGCUCCUCAAAAGCAAAUUCAAGCUGGCCACGGCCGUCGGCAUCAUCUUGUCCAUGCUGUCACUGCUGGUGCACCUUUUCCUUGCAAAUUAUUCUGCCGGGGGAAUUAGUAAGUACAGCGUGGACAAUGUUCUUCCAUUUGGAUCGAAGCCUCGACCCCGUAGGUUGUGGGGUCCAUUGAGUACACUUGAUCACCUACACCCUUAUGCAAAACCUAGACAAUUGUACCCUGCUCCAGCUAAGGAUAAUGGUUUUAUUUAUGCAAAGAUUUACGGUGGCUUUGAGAAGAUACAGUCUUCAAUCUGUGAUCUUGUCGCCGUUGCCAGGCUCUUAAAUGCCACUCUUGUUAUUCCUGAGAUACAAGCGACAACUCGUGCAAGAGGCAUCAGUUCAAAUUUCAAAAGUUUUUCGUAUCUCUAUGAUGAAGAGCACUUCAUUGCUGCACUUUCCGAUGACGUGCCAAUAGUGCGGGGUUUGCCAAAGGAUCUUAGAGAGGCUAGAAAAAAGAUCAAAUUCCCGACAGUAUCUCCUAAGAAUACAGCCACUUCAGACUAUUACACCACAGAUGUCUUGCCCAGACUUGUCAAAUCAAAAGUCCUUGGGAUAAUCGUUAAUGGAGGUAAAUGUCUCCAGUCAAUUCUUCCUGCAAGCUUGGAGGAACUUCAGAGACUUAGGUGCAGGGUAGCUUUCCAUGCUCUCAAGUUCCGUCCAGAAAUUCGGUCUCUCGGUAGCCAAAUAGUAGGAAGGUUGCGAGCAUCUGGUCGUCCUUAUCUGGCAUAUCAUCCAGGAUUGCUAAGAGAUACUCUAGCUUUUCAUGGUUGUGCUGAACUUUUCCAGGACAUCCAUACAGAAUUGAUUCAGUAUAGAAGGAAUCAGAUGAUCAAACGAGGAACUGUGAAGGAACAACUAACUGUUGAUUCAGUGUCCAUAAAGAAAAAUGGUUCAUGUCCACUGAUGCCAGAAGAGGUUGGACUUCUACUCCAAGCAUUAGGUUAUCCAUCAACUACAAUAAUAUACUUGGCUGGUUCGGAAACUUUUGGUGGGCAAAGAAUACUCAUUCCUCUACGAGCUAUGUAUGCCAACUUAGUUGAUCGCACUUCCUUGUGUAGUCAGAGGGAGCUAUCUGAUUUAGCUGGCCCAGAGUCUCCUCUCUCCUCUGAUUUGCCGCAUCCUCCACCUCCCAAGAGCGAGAAGGAACUCAUUGAGGAAUGGAAAAAAGCAGGGCCUCGUCCGAGGCCGCUGCCUCCACCUCCUGCAAGACCAUUUUAUGCCCAUGAGAAGGAAGGGUGGUAUGGGUGGAUUGGUGAGAAUGACACGGAACCUGAUCCAUCGCCCAUUGAAUUUAGGAGGCAAGCUCACCGAUUGCUCUGGGACGCGCUUGAUUAUUUUGUUUCUGUUCAAGCUGAUGCAUUCUUCCCUGGGUUUCACAAUGACGGGAGUGGUUGGCCAGACUACUCAAGUUUGAUUAUGGGGCACCGGUUAUACCAAACCCCAUCUGGUAUAACCUAUAGGCCUGACAGAAAGACUGUUGCUACACUGUUUGAAAAUGUCAGCGAUCAUCUGUAUCAUCCACCACGGAAUUGGACAAUGGCUGCACGUCAGCAUCUCAAUAACAGUGCACGCAUAGAGGGCAUCAAAAUGUCAGCUACGAUGUCAAAACCUGCAUCUUUUCUUGCACACCCGUUACCGGAGUGCUCUUGCAGAACGGCGAAGUCACCUGUUGUCCAACCGGUGAAAGAUAAGCAUGGUGCGCUCCUUUUUGGAGGUGAAGAAGACUGCCCUGAUUGGAUGGUUCGCACCCUGGCACUCGUGCCUACCAAGAAUAAUGAACCUCAAAGUGAGGAUUACGAGGGUGAGUUGCCCGAAGAUGAUCCUAGCCAAGACACACAGCAGGAAUCUGAUAGAAGCGACACGAAUAAAUCCGAGCAAGAUGAGGAGAUGGACCCCGAUGAUUGAAAAUAUGUGGAGAUGGAGCUUACCCAUUAUGCACUAUGAGGUCCAGAUUAGUCGAGCAACUACCAGCUCCAGAUUACGUAAGCAAGAUCAGCGUACAUUUCGAUGAUCUACUUGGCCAGAGGGCACUUGCUUAUACUGACACAUCAUGGAAGCGUCCAGGCAUGACAGGAAUGCCGUUGACCUUGGAUGCUUGCCUGGAUUAUCUUCGGUAUACGACCUCGAUACAGAAACUAACACUUAGGUUCUUUUAUUUCUACAUUCCUUUCAUUUUUGCUCUUUUGCGGGUACAACCUGAAGAAAUUGUUUCUGUAGAAAUGUCUAACAACAAGGAUGGAAACAUUAAUUUUUGGCGAGCUUGGUUUCUAA